GCGGAAACAUCUUAUCUGCUCUAAUACACGAGCAAAAGACAAUCACACCCCUCGUAGUGCCUAUAAUAACCCCGGUUCCAAUUUCAUCACGAGACGAAACAAGGGAAAGGUUAUUCCGCAGGCCGGUUCCGGUCCUUGUGGACCCAAUCAGAAUAGAAAUAUUCAGUUCCGUCUCCCCGCGGAAUGGACCGAUAUGAAUGACAUUUUUUCUUAUUCACCUUCAAGACUUCGGGAACCGACCCGGGAUUGUCCGCAUCGCAAAGUAGCGCAACCCUUUCUCCCGUUUGAGAACUACCGUUGGUGGAACCGUAAUGGAAGAUAUUCAGGGUAUCAAUGUAUUUAAGACACUCCCG